AUGAUGAUUGUUACCGCGCUGAUUGCAUGGUCAGCUGCGAGCUGCUUUGGUUCCGGGAAUGAACGUACCGAGAAAAAAGACGUCGUUUCAAAACUGCUUAACAUACAGGUCGAGAUGUGGUUAAAGGGCAACAAAGAUGAGGAAGCAGUAUUUAAGCUUUUGAAGCUCGACGAAACAAAUGACAACGUUUUGAACAGUCCAGUCUUUUCCCAGUGGGUCGAUUUUGUCGAGAAACGAUCCAAUUCUCAGGAAGAGGCAUACGAUAUGAUGCUUGACCGACUUUCAUCAGAUUUUAAGAGUAAGAAUGCUCUUGUGGGUGCUCUUGGUGGCGGAAAAGUACUUAUACGAAAGCAAUUGCCCAUGCAUUACUACACUUCCAGUACAAGAAGUGGGUAG